AUGUUGCGGCAAGGGCACCUCAAAGAGCUGUUAAAAGAUAAGGGGAGAACCAACUUCUCUAGAGGACGUGAACAUCAAGGCCCGCCAAAGCCGCCAUCGCCAGCUCGUACUAUCAACAUGAUCAUCGGCGAUGGCGACGAUGCCUACAUCAAUAGCGUGAAGUUUACCACCACUCACAAGCUCAAGCAGUAUAUGACCCGCCAACGGUACACCAUACUCGAAGAAAGUAUCAUCUUCGACGAGUCGAAUGCGGACGGUUUGAAUUUUCCUCAUAAUGAUGCCCUCGUUAUUACUUUACGCAUUUUAGAUACCGAUGUCAAACGCAUCAUGGUGGAUGCUGGAAGUGGUGUAUGCGUUAUCCAUCCCCGAGUCCUUACCCAAAUGAGACUGGAGGAUAAGAUAGUACCGCGAUGCAUCACGCUAACCGGUUUUAAUAAUGCAGUUGAUCGGACAUCCGAGGUGAUUACACUCCCUGUCUUGUCCUGCAGCGUGACUCUGGAGACGACAUUCCACCUCAUGGACCAGGCCAUUGCAUACAAUGCCAUUGUGGGACGACCAUGGAUACAUCCCAUGAGAGCCAUCUGA